ACUCGUCAUUGACAGUAAUCCUCUUUGUGGGCUCGACGACUGAAGUUUGAAAGCGAAGAUGUCUCUUGUGACCGAAGAGAUAAAAGCCAGUGCAUCAGAGAUUUACCAUGGCGACGAGAUGUGCCAAGAGAAGUCGAAGUUUUUGCUGGAGGAAAUAGGGAUGCCGAGGGGUCUUUUGCCUUUGAAAGACAUCGAAGAAUGCGGGUACGUGAAGGACACGGGCUUCGUGUGGCUGAAACAGAAGAAGAGCAUCACCCACAAGUUUGAAAAGAUCGGGAAGCUCGUGUCCUACGCGACGGAGGUGACGGCUGUGGUCGAGAAGAACAAGAUAAAGAAGCUGACAGGGGUGAAGACGAAGGAGCUGUUGGUUUGGAUCACACUGAGUGAUAUCUACGUGGACGAUCCUCCCACUGGGAAGAUCACUUUCAAGACCCCUUCAGGGCUUUUCAGGACUUUCCCUAUAUCGGCUUUCGAGAUCGAAGGCGAAGUUGUUAAGGAGAAAAAGAAUGAAGAAAAAGAAGUGAAUAAUGCUGCUACAGCUGCUGCUGUGGAAGUGGAGGAGGUCUAGAGAGAGUGGCCACUUGUUUAUGUUUUACAUAUCUAUGAAUAUCAUUAGCAGCAAUUAAUAAUAAAGAAGAAGGAG